AUGAAUAAAACCCAUUUAAAUUCAACUAUUCAACCAAGUACUUCAACGAUAGACAAUACUCCUUUGAAUACAACGACAAAAGUUCGUUUUGUGCCAAAUUCAUUGAAAGAUCAUUUAUCAACUGAUGAAUCUGUAUCGCCGUCGUUGUCUAAAGUUAAUUCAAAUAAUCUAUGCGAUACAUCAUCAUCAACUGGAGACUAUUCAACAUCAUCAGAUGUUAGUAACUGCCUCAGUUUAAAAAAUUUCACCAUCGGUGACAGAGUAUAUUUGAAUAAGACAAAACAACGGGGUACAAUCGCUUAUAUAGGUCCAACACACUUUUCUGCUGAAGAUCUUGUUGGUAUUGUGUUGGAUUCCAGCUCUGGUAAACAUGAUGGAAGUAUAAAUGGGAUAAGAUAUUUUCAAUGUUCAGCGAAACGAGGUAUAUUCUGUCCAAUCAGUGAUUUAUCUUCAGUGGAUCAAAAAAAAACCAUACCGAGAACCAGUACAAGGCCUAUUUCUGAGAAUGAAUACUCUCGAAAGUACAACUUCCGAAUCUCUGACAAACGGAUAUCAAACAGUCUUUCCUCUAAUUCCUAUCCCAGUCAAUUUGAUCGAUUUGAUCUUAAACGUCAUUCCUUUCGAUUGCCUAGAACACCACCAUCAGACAGUCUUUACUUGCAAGAAACUGGUAGAUUUCAAAGAUCUUGGUCAGAAAGAAGUAAACCUUCAUGGAAAUCGUGGAAAAAUUCAGAGUCCACCAACUAUGGUCGAUUAGUUGAACCUUUUGAUCCACCAAAAAGAAUCAGCAGAGUUCAAAGAAGCAAUACCUUACCAGGAAACGCGUAUAUUCCUUCAGAGAAUCUUCAGCUAUCCACUCCUCGUUUUGUACGUGGUGGUAGUCUACCAAGACUAAAAAACAGUGAGUUAACGAAAAGCAACACAUUCUUUGAGAUCACUUCAAUAUCAGCAUCGAAAUUGUAUGAUAAACGUCAAAAUCAUUUACCAUGUCAAACCAGUAAAAUAAGCAGCCUAAGAAAUUCUUCACAAUCCUAUACAAAUAUGAACCAACCUUUAAUCAAUCCACCGUUUCGAAAUUCUUUAAGAAUGAUUAAAUCAAAUAGACGGAACAGAUACUCAUCUGGAAUAAUAACUAAUAAGGCAAAUGAUCUUUACAGCCUUACAAAUAGUAACAUGUCAAAUAAUGUACAAAGGAAUACACUUCCCGAUGAUACUGAAUUAUUUCUAGCAAAUAAUGUUCUUAGUUGUGCUCAGGAACGGUUGAGUGAAUUACAAAAUCAAGUUCUGAAUUAUCAUGCCUCCAAUGUAAAGUUAUCAAAACAAUUAACAUAUAUAAAAGCACGUCAAAAAGAAAUAUCGUGUAAACUUGAAGAGAGGCAUAGAAGUGAAAUAUUAGAAUCUCAGCAAACACGCCAACAGCAGAAUGAACGAAUACAAGAUAUUAAGAAUAAACUUCUCCAAGAAUAUAAAAGAUCUGAGAGCUUAGUAACACAAUUUCAUAAUUUAAAUAUUUCUAUUACAUGUACAUCUUCAAAUGAAUCACUUAAUACUGUACAGAAUAAUUAUAACAAUAACGACAGCUGUAUAAAUACAACCUUCAGUGUUGAGAACAGUAUGCACAAUUGUGAUCCGAAAACUGUUGUCAUAGCAAACUGCUCACUCAAUUAUGAGAACUACUGUACGCCUGCUGAAGAUGAUAUCAACAGUAAUGUAUUCAAUAAACAAAUAGUAAGCAAUCGAAUUAUUCCAGAAAGCAAUAGUGGACAAGAAAUUAUACAGCUGAGAAAACAAAAACUCAUCAUUUAUGAGAUUUACCAGGAUCACUAUCAACAUAUUUUGAAAAAACUGAUGACAUAUCAAAAAACGCUUACUGAACAAAUGUGCGGAGUAUGCGAGCAUGAACACGUUGGGAAUCCGCACCGGAUUUUUCCACUGUCCAAUUCGACUGUCUCAUAUAAUCUUCAGCAUAAAAACAAUGAAUCACAAUUAAUUGCUUUGAAUUGUUAUCCAGAGAAUUCAAUAGUUUCAUAUGAAUCAACGUGUACAGAACACCAAGUAAUGCUAAAUAUGGCAAAAGAAAGAAAUCGUAAACUAUCAAUAGAACUCAAUGAACUUGGUACAGAGAUAAAACAUUUAUCUAAUCGACCAGAAAGGCAACUGUAUGACUUUCUAAAACGGUUGGAUUUAUGUAAAAGCACCAAUGAUAGACUUCAUCAGACAAUUCAAAAUCUAGAAGAACAAAUUACAAAGACUCACAAAGAUUUAGAAGAGGCUAAAAAUAAACUUAAUAAGGAGGAUGCCAUACAUUUAACACUUAUGAGAAUGAAUCUCCGUAUUCAUCAACUUAAACAAAUGGAAAUUAAAGCUCGAAGUCUACAAAGUGAUCAGUGUGUGAGCAUACAAACUAAAAGGAAAGAAUGGACAGAAGCAAUGAAUAAAAUGGAUUUGUUAUCACAAGCCUGGGCGAAUGAAAGACAGGCUAAAAUUGCAGCAGUACAAAAAUUACGUGAAAAUUUGAAAUUUUUAUCAAGUCAGUCUCAUAGACUUGGCAUGGCAAAUAAAUUAAAACAUAUGAAUUAUUUUAGCCGUUCAAAUAAUAACGGUUUACAAACAUCAGAUUCAGAAGGAUCACACCUACCACAUUCAUUAUUUAGUGCCUUGUGCAAAGAAAUACGUCGUCUACAAUCACGUUCAGUCAGCCUGGUAGAAGCAUUAGAUUUAUUGAGUUCAGGAAAUUACAAUACAGAGAAACUUGAUCAUAUGAAAAGUCUUGUACUUAAUUCAAACGUAAGAAGAAAUACAAGUUCAUCAGUCUGGAAGAAUACUUCUCUGAAUAGUAUUGGAAUUGGUGCUAAAAGCAAUCGUUAUAACAAUACGGAUUUGAAAUUACCUAUUACUGUUCGUUCCAUAAAUUUACGGAAUAAUUCAAUUGUGUCAGUCAAUUCUCGAUCAACUAAAAAGUGUUCAAAUAUUUCGCCAACUUCAUCACAUAAUCAACAAUUAUCAAUCCUUGAUAAACGUAGGCAAAGAGUAAUAUCACUUAGAAUGUCUAAUGAUAAUAAUAACAAUGAUGAUGAUGAUGAUGGUGAUAAUGUCAAAUCAAAAUGUUCAGUUAUACAAGAGCCUACAAAUGCAAAAAAUUUGAUAUUAUCUUCACUAAUCCCUUUACAACUAAAUUCACCAACUCUAUUAUCACAAAAGUCAACUGAACAACAAUCUUUAGAUCAUUCACAAUCAAAUCUUUUACAACAACAAACAAGAAGUACAACAAUUAUAUUAUCAUUACAAUUUACCAUUAUCUUUUAUCGAAGUAUAGAUAAAUUUGCAAAAUUUCCAAUUCUAGAAGCUGAUGAAGAAGAACAAGAUGAUGAUGAUGAUGAUGACGACGACGAAGAAGAAGAUAAUGAAGUGAAAGAAGAAAGUGAGGAAAAUGAAAAGCAUUAUAACAAUCAUGGUAAGUAUAUUGAUAAAGAUAUUGAGGUUGAAAAAUUAAAAGAAUGCAAUAUAGUAUUAGUCACUAAUCAAUUGUGA